AUGGACGUGUUCAACGGGGUGCGCUUCGUGCGGCUGCGGUGCCGCGCGCGGCGCGGCAAGUACCUCGCCGCCGACGUCGACGGUCUCAACGUCUGCCUCUCCGGCCAGCGCGGCGUGCACAACGUGGUGUGGGCGGUCCACCACGCGGCGGGGCCCGACGGCGGGCCCUGCGUCCUCCUCCGCGGCGCCUACGGCCGGUACCUCCUCGCCACCAGUGUGCAGGCCGGGACGGGCCCCUCUCACGGCGUCCUCACCACGCAGGACGACCUCGCCCACACCCCGCCGCCGCCCGGGAUGCUGUGGCAGGCGAUCCCCAGGCGGAGCACCUUCGUCAUGCGGAGCGGCACGGGCCGCUACCUCCGCGCCAACGGCCGAUACCUCCGGUGGCGCAGGGCCGUCACCUCCGCCGGGGACAAUGGCAGCACCAUGAUGCAGUGGGACAUCGAGAACGUCCCCAUCAGGAUGACGCGGCCCUGCAUCCUUGAUCCGACCUACCAGCUGACGCACGCGCGCCGGCGUCCGCUGACGGAGAGCGAGGUGGCUCGGCAGAUCCGGUUCGUCCGCGGCGAGACCAACGGGGCCGUCAACGAGGGAGCCUGGAGGACGAUGCGGCUCAACACCCACAACCUGAUGCAGCUGCGGCUCACGCUGGCGUGCCGCCUGGGCGCCAGCAGGGACGUCACCCGCACCACCCUCUGCAUCCGGGCUGGCCGCUUCGGGCACCUCACUCCUCUGCUCGUCGACCUGCCCAUCGGAAACAACCGCAUCGACAUUGUCAUCCUCAACCACGGCACGCAAGCGGACAACGAUUUGCGGUACCCAGAUUUGAGUGCUCCGUCCAUAGAAUAG